CCAAAAGCUGGGUCUCUUGGAUCGGGUUCGUGGUACCAAUACUAAAGGAAAGCUAUUUACCCCUCUGAAUGUAGAUGCCAUUGAAGAAAGUCCUUCAAAAGAGCCUAAGAAUGUUGUCUUGAAUAAUAAGGAGCGUUUUCGCACUGCAUUCCGAAUGAAAGCGUACGCUUUUUGGCAGAGCUCAGAAGAUGCAGGAACAGGGGAACCCAUGGCAGAAGAGAGAGGUGACAGUAGCGACUUCCUUAUGGAAGAUAUGAUCCCCACAUUCAAGACAGCCAUCCGAGCUGUCAGAAUACUACAGUUUCGUCUCUACAAAAAAAAAUUCAAGGAGACUUUGAGGCCUUAUGAUGUAAAGGAUGUGAUAGAGCAAUACUCAGCAGGGCAUCUUGAUAUGCUUUCCAGAAUAAAAUAUCUUCAGGCAAGAGUAGAUAUGAUUUUUACACCUGGACCUCCAUCUACUCCCAAGCAUAAGAAAUCCCAAAAGGGAGGAGCUUUUUCUUACCCUUCACAACAGUCUCCCAGAAAUGAUCCAUAUGUAGCCAAAGCAUCUACAGCAGAUACUGAAGACCAAAGUAUGAUGGGCAAAUUUGUCAAAGUUGAACGACAGGUUAAUGACAUGGGGAAGAAACUGGAUUUUCUUGUUGAUAUGCAUAUGCAUCAUAUGGAACAGCUACAAAUACAAGUCGCUGAGAUAAGUCCAUUGAAAGAAACUGCUUCUCCUGCAAAGGAGAAGAGAGAAGAAAACAAAUAUUCUGAAUUAAAAACAAUAAUAUAUAAAUACACUGAGCAGUGUGCUCGUGAAACUCCUUACAACUUCCAGCAUGUUCCGGUCAACAAAGUCAGUCCUUAUGGUUUCUCAGCACAUGGUCAUAUGACUCAUUCACAACAUUUAUCAAUAGGUGGGCAAAACUCUGGCAAACUGCAGGCCACACCUUCCUCAACUUCACAUGCAGAAAGGCCAACAGUUUUGCCUAUAUUUACAUUAAUGGACUCCCAGGUUAGCUACCACUCUCAAGGAGAUCUACAAAGCCCUUACUCAGAUAAAGUGUCACCAAGACAGAGAAGGAGCUUAACAAGAGACAGCGAUACCCCAUUAUCCCUUCUCUCCGUCAACCAUGAGGAACUUGAGCGCUCCCCAAGUGGCUUCAGUAUCUCCCAAGAGAGAGACGACUUCCCCUUUGGCCCCAAUGGGGGAUCAGCGUGGAUGAGAGAGAAACGCUACCUAGCAGAAGGGGAAACGGACACAGACACCGACCCUUUUACACCAAGUGGCUCCAUGCCUUUGUCUUCUACAGGAGAUGGGAUUUCAGAUUCAAUAUGGACCCCUUCAAAUAAGCCAGUUUAAAAGUGUGUGUGGGGGCAGUCACUGGUUGACUUCUCCAUGUAAUGUAAGCAUACUUUGUAUAUCUCACUUACUCUACACCCAAA